CAUACGGUAGGAAGGUAGUAACCAACUUUUGUGAGUCUCAAAGUAUUUCUCAGUUGGGUUUCAACCGCUUGCAGAGAACGUUACGCGUAGUUUGUGGAAAAUGAGUAUUCCCGUAGUGGAUUUCGGUGCGUGCGGCCUGGAUGAGCGAGGGGAUCAGAACGAGCAGCUGCAGGGUUUGGCCGAAGAGCUGAAAGCUGCUUUUACAGAUGUUGGUUUUGUCUUCCUGAGGAACACCGGGAUCACGGACGAGGAGGUGCAACGAGUUAUGCGCGUUUCCAGGGAUUUCUUCUUGCAGCCGGAUGAGGUGAAGCGGCCUUUCAGCAGGAAAACCUUCGCCAACAAUCCCAACCACGGCUGGGUGUCUCUGGAGGCUGAGAGGUUGAAUCCACGUCGACCUGGGGACCUGAAGGAGGCAUUCAAUACAGCCUCACUCCACCCUGACAUAAAAUGGCCAGACGCUGUGACGGACUUCCAGGAGAUCAAGACAUCUUUCUUCCAGCGCUGCAAGGAGCUGAGCCUGCGGGUGAUGAGGGUGAUGGCUCACGGCCUAGGUCUGGACCAAGAGGUGUUCCUGGGCGCACACAGCUUAAUAGGAACUGAUGAGAACGGCACGACGCUGCGGUCUCUGUACUACCCACCAGUGAACAGUGAGAAAGCCAAGGAGGGUCAGCUGCGGUGUGGAGAGCAUUCUGACUACGGCACCAUCACACUGUUGUUUCAGAGCUCUGAGGGUCUGCAGGUCCGUAAACGUUCAGGGGAAUUCAUCUGUGCUCCCUGUGUCCCUGGAGCCGUCCUCGUCAACAUCGCUGACCUAAUGCAGCGCUGGACCAGCGACCAGUUCGUCUCUGUGCUCCACCGAGUUUUACUGCCCCCUGCUGGAGACUCCAGCACACGUCAGUCCCUGGCUUUCUUCGUCCAGCCUGACGAUGAGGCUGUGAUCUCCUGCUGCGACGGUUCCAACAAAUAUCCUCCAGUUCAGUCAGGAGAAUACCUCAGUGAGCGUUUCAAUAACUCGUAUGGGCGAAGCUAAACCUCCCUCCAUGAGUUCUGUGUUUUUAAAUCAAGUGGUAGGAAGUAACAUUUAAUAAUGUGGAAUAUUUCACCUCGCAUCCCAUGUUUCUACAUUUCUGCUGGUGUGUGUGUGUGUGUG